AUGCUUGCUGCGAAUGGAGACCAUCGACGCUCGGCGGAACCGAGGGCAUUGGCUGCUGCGGUCGCUUCCCGGUGGGGGUACGACCGCCAUCUUUCCUUCACUGCAACAACCGUUAGCGAGGCUGAGGCUGCCGUCGAACAAGCCACCAUCGUCGUCGCUUCCUUGCUGCUUGUUCUUUCCGCCAACUGCUUCGACAUCGCUCCCAGACGCUUGAUUCACUCCGCCACCGCUGUGGCCACUAGGAAUUGCUGCUGCCAACGGGAAUCAGCCCCCUACCGUGUCCUUCUUCUCUUUCUUCGUUUCCGUUCCUGUGUAGCACCGCUGCUGCCCGUUUCUUGA